AUGGUUCGGAGCCACCCUGUUAGGCUUCUGUUUUUUACCAGUUGGGCAUUACAGAUCAUCCACUUGGGAAACAACAGUUAUCAAAGAGAGAAACAUAAAGGUAACAGAGAAGAAAUCAACAAUGCUACAGUCCAAAAGCUCCUGCAGAAAACACUCAACUGGACCGUGAAUAAUUUUGGGGAGGUGAAUGCAAGCGCCAAUGGCUGGAGGCCCCAGAAUUCACGUCCCUACUUCCCGGAUCUCCAACAGCGACAGCCAGGCGACUCCCCCACAGGUGAGCCCCAGCUGCUGCGCUGCUGCAGGAACGGCGGCACCUGCGUGCUGGGCAGCUUCUGCGUGUGCCCCGCCCACUUCACCGGCCGUUACUGCGAGCACGACCAGAGGCACAGCGAAUGCGGCUCGGUGAAGCAUGGAGCCUGGACCUUCCUCGGCUGCCGCCUUUGCAGGUGUGUUUUCGCAGCCCUGCACUGCCUCCCCCGCCAGACACCCGGCAGCUGCGACCUGGAAGACUUUCUUGCUGCACGGUCUAAUGGAGAAAGAACACAACACAUGCUGAGUGUUCUCUUCCUCCUUCCCUGCUUGCUUGUACAAAGCAUCCUUAGUGAAGCGGGAGACUCCUGACUGGACCUUAGAGGACCUAACUCGCAGUUCCACACCGGAAGAACCUUGGUGUUCCCAGCACAAGCUUGAGCAAGCAUAGUUCUCUGUGGGAAAGCCAGGGCUGUGCAUCCACGUCGUUUUCUGUGUUGUAGGUAAUAGAUUUGUUUCAUUUCCUAGAACUGAAGCAUUAGGUGAAUAUUUUUAUUGUUUAAUAAAUAUUUUCAUGAA